CUCAGCCACCCAGCCUGACCGGCACCAGGCUUUGGAAUUCCCCGUGUACGGACUUGUUGGGGAGUAUUUUCUGGGAACUGACGUUGGGUUCCCUUUAGAACUCCCUCAUUGGACACACAAGUCUACGAUUAUCCAGAGAUUUCAGCUUUGCAAGGCAGUGGGAGUUGCCGUCCAAAACAUCCACGGAGAAGCUGCUGGUGCCGGGUGGCCAACGGGGGCGUCCGAGGGAUGUAUGUGAGCGAGGAUUCCAGCUGAGGACAGAAGCUUCUAGGACUCCCCGGCCGCGGUGCACCAUGAGGCGGUGGGAGCAGAGUGUCCGUGCACACGCAUACAGUCCCCUGGCAGAGGGAGGCAGUCUGUGUCCUCGCCCCAGGACCCCGCUCCUGCCUCUCUUGCUGCUGCUCUCCAGCCUGCAGGAACCCACGGUUGCCGCCACAAGUGUCAUUGACUUGACACCAGGUUCCUUUGAUGAUCAGUAUCAAGGCUGUAGCCAGCAGACCAUGGAAAUGCUAAAUGAAGGGGAUUAUUUCACCAAAGAAGUAGAAGCCAAUCGGAAUUACUCCAAGAUCUGGCAGAAUGCACACUUAAACUGGCUGAACCAAGAAAAGUCUCUCCCCCCGAACAUGACUAUAACACAUGCUGUGGCCAUCCUAGUUUAUACCCUGAACAGCAACAUCCGCUCCGAAUUCACCAGAGUCAUGGCCAGCACGGGUCAGUCUGCAGCACAGUAUUCACAUGCCUUCCACUUCAAAUACCUCCACUACUAUCUGACCUCGGCCAUCCAGCUGCUGAGGAAACAAAUGCUCAGGAACAAUGACUCUCACUGUUACAAAGUGCGUCAUGAGGCAACGAAUGUGUCCUUGGAAGCAUCCAUUGGUGACACACUUCGAUUUGGCCAAUUCCUUUCUGCCUCCCUCCUCAGAGAAGAUACACCGAAGUUGGGAAACAAAACUCUGUUUAGCAUAUCGACCUGCCUGGGUAUACCUGUGGAGUAUUUCACUCUCAAGAAGGAGGUCCUGGUCCCUCCCUACGAGUUGUUUGAAGUGGUCAAUGUGACCUCCCUCCCAAAAGGAAAUUGGGUGCAACUGCAUUCCACUGGGAACUUCAGUACAUACAACUGCCAACUGCUAAAAGCUUCCGGCAGAAAGCAUCUCCCUGUUCCUGUCAUCGUUGCCUCUCUGUCGCUUUUGACCAGUGCCCUCAUCUCUUCCAAAAGCGGAAUAUAAAGGAAACAUGUGGUUUUGCUCUUCCUGCGCCCUUUUUUUUUUUUUGCCUCAUUUCAGAGAAGGCCCCCAGAAUACCGAGGGGACCUCCUCUCUUGGAAAUCAAUUACUGUAGAACUGGCACAGCGCCUCCCUACAAACGGUGGUUCCUCGGUCUGGUUCUUCUCUGUGAACACAGACAUUCAUGCAGAAAUUGAAAAUGACCCAGUCAGCCCGUGAAAUGGACUCAGGGCAACAGCUUUGAACUGAGAUUGAGAGUGGGGUGAAGACCCUUAAUUUUCAAGAUAGAAUCAAUACAGAAGAGGAAUGACGAGCUGCAAUGAGGGACAAAAGGGAGUUGGGAGAGCGCAGCUUCAACUAAGAUGGAGAUAACACAAGGAAGAGCUGAGAAAUGAAAAGAAACGGCAUCCUGAGGACACGUGUACGAGUCCCUCAAGCAGAAUGAACCUGAAAUUAGAUGCUCCAGCUUUUUCUGUUGUUGUUGUUACAUCAAUCAAUAAAUUGCACUGUAGCACCAUC